AUGGAUUCCAAACACGAAUCCAAAGAAUAUGCCACCAGCAUCCACAGCGUUGCUUCCACCGCCAGCACACUACUGGACACAUCACAGGCCAACUUCCUCCAAGGCAAGCGAUUUCAUAUCGAAGCAAAGGGUAUUCGCGCACUCCGCCCGCCCAUGCCCAUGAGACAGAAUGAGAUCCCGAUAUACACCGCCGACGGUACCCUAGCAUAUACAGCCACCAAAGACAAGGCCUUGUCGAGUCACACCAUCCUCGCAUCACCCAAACACGGUGACCUCUUCUCCAUUGACUUCAAGCCAGGAGGUUGUCCCUGGAUCCGGUUCUUACAUUCCAUAGAAGGGGACGUCAUUCCGCCGAUUGCCUUGCAGGGAAAAUUGACCACGCGGACCAUGUCAUUUACGCCCCUGGAUGGGGGAUGCAGAUGGGAAUGGAAGUACUCGACAAUCACCUCGCCAGAUGGAGGUAAACUCAAGGCCCUCUGCUUGGGGAAGAUCGAUGGAACGGAAUAUGCAAAGGUCACCCGGAUCGCCUAUCUUCUCCGGAGUCCCGAUACGCGUGCGACAGGUUCGUCUGGCUGUUCCGCUGGAAAUGGUGGUCAACUGGUUAUUGAUCCUGGUGCCGACCUGAGCAUGGUCGAGGAGGCUCUAGUCAUCGCAACGUGCUUGGUCAUGUUGCGUAGGGAAAGAGAUCGUCGCAGAUUUAUUCAGGCCAUGGUUAUUGGGGGUAUGGGCAGUUAA